AAUAUAAAAGAGACUAUUCAUACAUCUACAUUUAUUUUAUAAAUGAGGAAAUACAUGUGAAUAGUUCAAUCUGAAUUAUAAAUCUGAAAUGAGUAAACCAAUCGGAGUGUUUAAUUGUAAGCUCCGCCCCUUUUUUGCUUUCGGAUCGCGUCUCAGUUCAUAGGAGAGAUGCAGAGCGACAGAGGCACUCGAUCUAACGCGAGAGUGUUUAAUUUGAUUAAAUAUGACUCCUAAGUUCAUAUUAACUGAAGAAAUCAGAAUUUAACUUGCAUAUAUUCAAUGAUACAGCGUGAUUCUGUGGAUUGAGCACUUUUUGAGCUUUCAUUUUGACCUGUGUGAUUAUGUUAAACCACAUGGUGCGUUGUGUUCACUGCUGUUCGCUGACGCCAUUUUGGUUGCACGUGCCUGUGAAAGACAAAAAGAGAGAGAAACACGUGAAUGGACAGGUAUUUGUAUAAAUUGUCAUUUAUUAUGAUGAUGGCACUUAUGUAUGUAUUUUAUUUGUUUCCUGUAUUAUGUACAAUUGUUAAUCGUUAUUGAUACACAAUAUUGAAUGUUUUUUCCUUUCGUAUGAACAUUCCUUGAGCUGGAUUUUCCUAAUUGAUGGGGAGCCUCCCAUUUCGACCUGAUUGGAUCACGAAUCUAGAGGAAAGGACAAUUUUCUAUUUUAAAUAUUUUUCUUCAGACAAGUAAGAGGAUACAUUUCAGAAACUGUUUCCUUAUUUUGUUUGUUUACUUUAUUGAACUGAAACAUUUCAGAAGCACAAUUCUGAUAAUUUAAGACUGAUCAAUACCCCAAUUGAUAAGAACUUUGAACUUGAAUACUGAUUUCAGCCUGUUACAUAUAUAAUUUGUACCAUCUUUGUACAUUGAUUGUGACUGCGAUUUCUGUAAAUGAGAAGUAAUUUAGAGGGUGAACCCAUAGUAUAUAUAGUUAAUUGUAUUUUCAUUGUUGUUUACUAUUUUUGUGAUUAAGGAAAGAAAAAGAAAGGUUUCUCAAUACUCAAAGUAAAAUAAUUUAUUAAUCAACUUACCUUCUGUCUUUGCUUGUUGCUCACUAUCACUGCUACCUCCUCCUUCGUACGGUGCACCCUUCUGAUCUUAUUAUUAUGCCUGGUCCAUAAGUAAGUGAGUUAAUACCCGCUACAUAAAGAAAGUACACUUUCAUGGCAAUAUUUCUAAACACAUUUAAUAAAAGAUCAUUAGACUGAUGUGACCUACCAAAGACUUGUUAAUUUAAAGUUCAUGCAGUUCUUUUUUAGUUGUCUGUUAAAAUGUUAAAAAAUAAUAACUUUGAGUUUAUUUUUUUCUACGGGAGUUUUUUUGUUUGGACAUAUACAACUCAUAAUUAAUUUAUUAAAUGUACUUUUGCAAAACAAAAAAUCUGAUUCAUAAUUUGACUACCAAAGUGUUUUAUUGUCAGUGUAAGCAUUGUGGUUUUUGUUUGUUUGCAAUGCAUUAAACUGAAAUGAAUACAUUUAAUUAACUAGAUUUGUUUUUCAGUAUUUUGAGAAGUACAUAACCAUAUUUCACAUACAAUAGAAGUAGUUAAAGUACAUACUGUCGAAAGAUGCCAUUAAAUCACUUCACUCCACUGAAAUCACAGUUCAACUGAUUGCAUUUAAUUUUAUAUAUUGGAAUUUAUUUGGCAAACUUGUAUUUGAAACAUUACAUUUAAUGAGUAAUUAAAUGUACUGUUAAUAUACAUUAACUUAUUUUUAAUUUCACAUUAAUUGCUUGACAGUAGAUUGAACAGUGCAAUUUAAGUAUAUUGUAAAAACGCUAGAAGCAAUUAUGAAAGUAGAUAUAAAGUUGUAAUAAAUUACCAAUUAAGUUGUUCCAAAAAAUCACUCUUAAUGGCAACUUAUUACACUUUAUUUCAACUUAAUAUAUGAUAUAUGUUAAAUUAAUUACACUUAAUGUGCAUUCAGUGCGCCGAAAAGAUUGCAUUUAAUUCACACUUAAGAGUAUUGUUAACAGACAUUAAAUUGCAUUUUAAAUCACAUUAAUUUCAUGUCAUUAUAUUGUGUAGUGCACUUUAAGUAUAUUUUAAAAACACUAGAAGCAAUUAUGAAAGUAGAUAUAAAGUUGUAAUAAAGUACCAAUUAAGUUGUUCCAAAAAAUCACUCUUAAUGGCAACUUAUUACACUUUAUUUCAACUUAAUAUAUGAUAUAUGUUAAAUUAAUUACACUUAAUGUGCAUUCAGUGCGCCGAAAAGAUUGCAUUUAAUUCACACUUAAGUGUAUAUACUUAAAGUGUAUUAUUUAUGUAAUAAGUACACUUUAUAAAAGUACACUUAAGCACACUUUUUUUUCACAAGGGAAUACACAUUUAUAUAGCGCUUUACACAAUACUCACAACAGAGAAACUCUUGUAAUUAUUACUUUACUUUACCCCACUCUCCUUGCAGGGUGAACAGCGGCUGGUGCAGUAAACAUAGCCUAGCGAACGUUAGCUGGCUACGAUUUCAGUACAGUAAAAUCAAAAAGCUGGCUCUUUCUCAAUUUUCUGUUAAUAUUCUAUUCACAAAAUACAACCAAUAGUACCGCGAUGUUAAAAAGUACUUGUGAAAAUAAUCCUCCGGGCUCUAUUUGCGAUCGUCGGCCGAUUAGAACAGGAAAAUGCUCCACAGUGCUCUGACAUCUUAUCUGCUGCCAUGCAACGAAACUAGGAGAACGACCGGUUUAAGAUGGCCGCCGUAUUUCUCAGUCCCCAGCGGCCAAUAGGGCAUCUAGUCUUCUAUAUGAUAUCUAUGCCUUAAAGUGUUGUCCUGAGGGCAUUUUUGCACAGUUUUUUCUACCCUUAGGGUAGAGUAAACCAUCGAAAUAUGACGGGUAUGGUACAAAAUGAAAAAAUUAAACACUUAACUUCGUUAGUGUAUUUAUAUUAAUUAUUUGCAAUAAUGGCAAACCAGCAUAUCAGGCAAUAUGGGUUUUAUUCUACGAACUAUGUACAGAAAACAAAUGCACACGUUUGCCCUCCAAGUAGAACUACAAAACAUGCAUAAAAAGUUUAUUUAUAUCUAAAUGGAAAGGUCGAAAACGUUUAUUUUCCAUAAUUUUCCCACUACUUUAUCUUUGAAAUUUAUGACAUAUGCAAGCAAAUCCUAUUAAUUUAAAUUUUAUUUUUUAGAUAAUGUGUCACUGUUUGCUGUGUUGUAUUAUUUAUUCCAUAUGAAAGAAUACGAUUUACGGUAGUACAUUUUUCCUAGAUACUAUAGUGUUUUAACCAUAGUAAAUGUUACUAAAAGCAUAUUACAACAGUAUUUACUACAAUUUAUAAAUUUACUAUAGUUAAUACCGCAGAAUAAUAUAAUUGUUGUUAUGUCUAAACACGAUUACAAUGUGAGACCAUUAUGAAAUAUGACACCAUUAUGUUGACCACAAGGAGGCGCACUUGCAUCAUUUAUAAUCAUACGCGGACGAACUUUGUUACCAAACACACGCAAGUUUUUUUACACAAAUUCUGGACAUAUCUUCAGGAAUAAGAAAUGUAUGUUAUCCCGGUGUUGUACAGCAGAUGGCCCAGAGCCUAGUCCCAUAGACUGACAGAGCCGCACAGAGAUGGAUGGUGCUUGGGAUAUUGCAUGUGUGCUCUUCCACGUGUGGCUGUUUAUUGUGGUGGGGCUCAUCGUGUUACCUGCCAUGUUUGGUGUGUCCCUGGGAUUCACGGAUCUUUAUAUCAAGGUGCUGGUUAAAACAUUAGAGUGGGCCACACUCCGAAUCCAAAGAGGGCAGAAGGAACAGACGACGUUGCCAUCACAAACUGCCAAUGGGAUCAUCGAGAAGGACGAUGGCUCUAUGGAGAAGGAGAUCGGGGAGCUGCGGCAGUCCCAUCCCAAAUCUCUGGCAGGAGAUUUUACCCUGUGUGACGUCUUCUACUUCUGUAAGAAAGGCAUUGAGAUUAUUGUGGAGGAUCAGGUGACUCAGCGCUUCACGUCAGAGGAACUGGCUUCCUGGAAUCUCCUCACAAGAACCAACAACAACUUCCGUUACAUCAGCGUGCGGGUGACCAUCAUAUGGGGCCUGGGAGUUUUUAUACGUUACUGUAUACUGCUGCCUCUCAGGAUCACUUUGGCUGCUAUUGGAUUGAGUUGGUUGGUGAUAGGAACUAUUCUUGUUGGAUCGCUCCCUAAUAGCAAUGUGAAGAACUACCUCAGUGAUCUGGUUCAUAUUACCUGCUACAGAAUAUGUGCCAGAGGCCUGUCAGCCACUAUCCACUAUCACAACAAAGAGAAUCGCCCCAAAAAAGGAGGUAUCUGUGUUGCCAACCACACCUCCCCCAUUGACAUAGUCAUUUUGGCAAACGAUGGAUGUUAUGCUAUGGUGGGUCAGGUUCACGGAGGGCUGUUGGGGGUCAUCCAGAGAUCAAUCGUGAGAUCUUGUCCCCACGUGUGGUUUGAGAGAUCAGAGAUGAAAGAUCGCCACGCGGUUGCCAAAAGGUUAAAAGAUCACAUUGCCGAUAAAACCAAGUUGCCAAUCUUGAUCUUCCCAGAGGGAACUUGCAUUAAUAAUACAUCGGUCAUGAUGUUUAAGAAAGGAAGCUUUGAAAUUGGUGGAACAAUAUACCCAGUAGCGAUUAAGUAUGACCCUCAGUUUGGAGAUGCCUUCUGGAACAGUGCCAAGUACAACAUGGUGAGCUACCUUCUCCGAAUGAUGACAAGCUGGGCCAUAGUGUGCAACGUCUGGUAUCUUCCACCUAUGACUCGACAGGAUGGGGAGGAUGCUGUUCAUUUUGCAAACAGGGUAAAAUCUGCCAUAGCAAAUCAAGGAGGACUGGUGGAUCUGUCCUGGGAUGGAGGAUUAAAGAGAGCAAAAGUAAAAGACUCAUAUAAAGAGGAGCAGCAGAAGAUUUACAGCAGUAUUAUUGUGGGCUCAGACUCUCACGAGACCUCUGUGGGUCCUGAAUAAACACCAAUUCACAGUAUUUAUGAACUUGAUUUAAAAGUGAGAAAUAUGUUCUGUCUUCCACCGGACAACGUCAUUCAGAAUCUACCUGCAAAGUUCUGUUGCUGUUUUGAUACAAUGAUAUUAUAUUUUCUAACUGGAAACAUUAAGCUGUUUUCAUUAGAUCUUUUUAUCUUUUAACUUGUUUUAAAUCUAUAAUUGUAGUAUGAAGACAAUUCAACACUUUGAGGAUACCUGGUUACACUAUAGACACAUUAGACACUAUAGAAUCAAAUUUUAGGUGCUGGUAUGUUUUUCCUAAAAUACACUGUAUAGUACUGCAUGUUAUGGUAUUUAUGUUUAUGCAUGCUUAGAUUUCUGUUACAUGACUUUUUUAAAGACUACUUAAGAUAAAGCUCUUAUGUGAGCUGCACACUGUUAAAGGGACAGUUCACCCAAAAAUGAAACUCCUUAAGUUGUUACAAACCUUUAUAAAUCUGUUUGUUCUGCUGAACACAAAGAAAGAUAUUUUGAGCAAUAUUUUUAACCAAAUCGUUAUUGAGCACCAUUGACUUCCAUAGUAUUUUUCUUUCCUACUAUGGAAGUCUGUGGUACUCCUGAUUCCUUACAGCAAAACAAAUACAUUUAUAAAGGUUUGUAACAACACAAGAGUAAGUAAAUAAUGACAGAAUUUUAAUUUUGGCUGAACUAUCCCUUUAAAUGGAUAGUUUACCUUAAAAUGAAAAUUCUGUCAUUAUUUACUCAUCCUCAUGUUGUUCUAAACCUGUAUGAAUUUAUUUUUCCUGAUGAAUACAAAAGAAGAUAUUUUGAGAAAUAAUGGCACUAAACACACAGCAGAUAGUGACCAUUUACUUCCAUAGUAGGAAUAAAAAAAUAUGAUGGAAUUUAAUGGGUACCGUCAACUGUGUGCUUAACAUUAUUUCAUUAUUUAUCACAAUACUUCAAAAAUAUGUUUUUCCUACUAUGGAAGUCAAUAGUUACUAUCUGCUGUGUGUUUACCAUCAUUUCUCAAAAUAUCUUCUUUUGUGUUCAUCAUAAAAAAUAAAUUCAUACAGGUUUACAACAACAUGAGGAUGAGUAAAAGACAGAAUUUUCAUUUUUGGGUGAACUAUCCCUUUAAGGGCUUAGUGUGGUUCUACAAUCCUGUGGACUGCUCUUGUGUGGACACUAGAGGUCACUCUUGCGAAGCUAAUGAAAAUUUGAGCCUGUCGGAUAGCUCAAAUCACUUUCUUUCCCAAUAAAAUAAUGCAAUUCAUUAUUCUC